AUGUUAGGAACUACUACUAGAGGCAAAGUCACAGGAGCUGUGACGGUGCUACAACAGACGAGAAAUAUCUCGAAGAGAAGGAUAGCAUAUCCACCUUAUCCCUUUAAGAGACUGACAAGACAAAAUCCUAAGAAACAUGACUCCAACUUAAAAUAUGCAAUGAGACAAUUUUUAGGCCCAAAGAAUUAUAAAGGUGAAUAUGCUUUGAAUAAAUAUAAUGAUAUGCCUAAUAACCAUGAGCCGAAUUAUUUAAAUCCUCGUGGUGAGAGAGGGGUCUCCUUAAGAAACCCUUUGAAUGGUAAACGUUUACAAGAAAAUAUGAGAGGACAAUUAGAAGAAGUUUCAAGUUUUGAUCGUCGUAAUAAUGAUAAUAGCAAGAUAAAUCAAUUUAAUACAGAGACUAUUAAAUUACAACCAUUCCCAUUAAAUCCAUAUUGUAAAACAAAUUAUAUGAUUUCAAAUGAAACAAAAUUACAAAUUUUUGAUGAUAUUGAAAAUAAAGGUUUAUCAUCACAACAAGUAUCUCAAAAAUAUGGUUUAAAAAUUCCUAGAGUGGAAGCAAUUGUUAGAUUAUUAAAAGUUGAAAAUAAAUGGGAAAAUAAAAAUAUGAUUAGUCCCGCUUUACAAAAGAUGUCUUCUACUCUUUAUAAUAUGUUACCAUUGUUUCAACCUGAUAUUGUUACCACUAGAGAAAAUUUAUCGGAAAUUCCUGUUCCACCAAAGACUUUGAAAUCAAGGUUUGUUACAAUUGCUGAAUCUGAACCAUUUGGUCCAGUUGAUGCAGCUAAUGUAUUAGAAUUAGAACCUGCAAUGAAAACUUUGGAGAGACUAUCUACCGAAGGUGAACAUUCUGCUGGUCAUUCUAAUAAUUUGAAAAAUGAACAACAACAUAAGAUAAAGACUAAAAUUGUAUUGGCCGAAUUAAGAAAAGGUGAUAGAUCCAGAUUGAAAUUUAAGGAUGUCAGAGCAGAAAAUGUCGCCUAUCGUUAUGGUUCAGUAUUACGUGAUAAUAAAAAGGAUAGAGUCAUUGGGUUUAAUGAAUUAGGACAUAUGGUAUACAUGUGA